AUGCCAUCAUCUACGACGAUUGGUACCAUUCUUGUGGUUGUGGUUGUGGGUACCGUCUGUGGUCUCGCGGGCCUCUAUUACUGGGGAACCGGGGAAAGGGAAGUUCCUCCGCCUAAAAUUCCCCCAUAUCGCAAUGGAACACUUGGGACCCGAGCUGGCCAUAUUUCGCCUGGAGUGCCUUCACCUGCUGUACGCAAGAAUAGUGGAAGACAAGCUACCCUGCCAGGAGAUCGACAGCUCCCACAGUUAUCUCAACAUGAUCGUUCUCGCCAGCCGCCUCAGACUGGUCUUAACGCUCCUGAGCCUAUCCAUCCACAGCCUGUCAAACCACAUCCUGUAAAACCGCAGCCCGUCAAACCACACCAGCCUCUCCAGUCGCAUCCGGUUCAGCCUCAACCUCCCCUUAGAAUCAUCAUUCCACCUCCUGUUGCAGGAGGACUUUACGGCUUUGAAAGGUGUAUUCCCACAACCGAAGCGAGGAGGGAGAAGCCCUUGAAUAGUGGAAUAAUUCCAACUGAAUCUUCAAUACGUACAGCUUCUUGA